AUUGGGUCUCUUCUCCGCUUUACCUACAUAACCCUCUUUGUAUCUUCUCCGUCAACGAUACGAACCCAGAGACGCCGGCGGUAAAAAAAUCGUCGUAUUUCUCUGGAUUCGGCAGGCGAGAAGUUUUCAAAUUAUAGGUUUCUCUUGAUUUCUAUUUUGUGCGUGUGUGUGAGAAAGAGAGAUUGAAAGGGGUUUUGGGUUUUUGGCUUAUUGCUACGAUGGACGAGAGUUUACUGGACGAUAUAAUACGGCGGCUUUUGGAGCCUAAUCAUGGGAGGACGGUGAAGCAGGUAAAGCUACUUGAGGUGGAGAUACGGCAGCUAUGUUCGGCUUCGAAAGAGGUUUUUCUCAGCCAGCCUAAUCUCCUCGAGCUCGAGGCUCCUAUCAAAAUUUGCGGUGAUGUUCAUGGUCAGUUUCCAGACCUCUUGCGGUUGUUUGAAUAUGGUGGGUAUCCUCCAGCUGCAAAUUACUUGUUCCUCGGGGACUAUGUUGAUCGUGGUAAGCAGAGCAUAGAGACCAUAUGCCUUCUUCUUGCCUACAAGAUCAAAUACAAGCUCAACUUCUUUCUUCUCAGAGGCAAUCACGAAUGUGCUUCAAUCAACCGUGUAUACGGGUUCUACGAUGAAUGCAAAAGAAGAUAUAACGUGCGCCUGUGGAAGAGUUUCACUGACUGUUUCAACUGUCUGCCUGUUGCUGCUCUCAUUGACGACAAGAUCCUCUGUAUGCAUGGUGGUCUAUCGCCUGAUCUGAAGAGCUUGGAUGAUAUAAGGCGGAUUCCUCGUCCUAUUGAUGUUCCUGAUCAGGGCGUUCUUUGUGAUUUGUUAUGGGCUGAUCCUGACAGAGAUAUUACAGGGUGGGGGGAGAAUGACAGAGGUGUCUCAUAUACAUUUGGGCCCGACAAAGUUGCUGAGUUCCUUCAAACUCAUGACCUUGAUCUUGUAUGCCGGGCUCAUCAGGUUGUAGAAGAUGGAUAUGAGUUCUUUGCAAAGAGACAACUGGUGACAAUAUUCUCUGCACCCAAUUACUGUGGUGAGUUUGACAAUGCUGGCGCAAUGAUGAGUGUUGAUGAUAGCUUGACAUGUUCAUUCCAAAUCCUCAAGUCAACUGAGAAGAAAGGAAGAUUUGGAUUCAACAACAAUGUUCACAGACCAGGAACCCCACCUCAUAAGGGUGGAAAAGGUGGUUAAGUCCAUCAUUUCAAUUAUGGAAUCAAGAAAAGAGUGAAGCCGAUGGGUUCGAUUUUUUUUAAAAGUCAAUGUACGUGAUCGAGGCAACAGUUUGUUUUGUUAGGUUGUUUUAUUAUAGCCAAGAUUUUGUUUUAUUAGAUUGUUUUGUAAGAUUGAUUUGUGGAACAUGUUUCAUAGCAAUUUUCAACUGAAGGGUUUAUACUUUA